AUGGCAGCCCCGGCGACAGCCCGGGAGGCGCGAGGCUUCCGCGAGGCCCCGACCCUUCGCCCAACCCCGGAGGCCGGCCUGGAGGUGGCGGGCGCUAUGGAGCUCGAGGACGAGGAGGAGGAGGAAGAGGAGGAAGAGGAGGCGGCGGCCGCGCGAAGAGCGCGGAGCUUCGCCCUGGACCCGCGGGUGCGCUUCCUCGGCGGCCGCCUGGGGCAGAUGCUGGGACUCCCGGAGCAGCAGUGGGGCCGCCACCUGGAGAGCGAGGACAGCCGGCGGGUGCUGGGGGAGUUUCUGGAAAGCUCCAGCCCCGGCCGCCUUGUGUUCAGCGUCGGCGCUGCGGGGCGGCUCUCGGCCUCCCCGGAGAUUCCAAGGGAUGCAAAACAUAAACUUGUGUACAUUGCCAAGAAGAUGACCGAAGGCCCUGGAGUAGCUGAUUUCCCUCAGACGGUUUUCUUUGGCGAGUUGCCUGCGUCCUCUCUCCAACAUGUGUCUGCUUUCCUAGACGAGAUUUUAGUGCCAAUUCUUUCUAACAAGAACAACCAUAAAUCCUGGUCCUGUUUUACUUCACAAGAUAUGGAACGUCACAUAGAAGUCAUGAAAAAUAAGAUGCAUAUUCUUAGGGGAAAACUAUCUAGAAGAACUCUUCUACCAAUUCCUUCUAUUGCAGGAAAGAUUGACUUGGAGCAGAAUUAUUCAGAGACCACCCUGCAGUCAAAUGAAAGGAUAAUACUCCAUGCAAUUGAAUCUGUGGUGAUUAAAUGGUCACAUCAAAUUCAAGAAAUUGUAGAGAAAGAUUCAGUGCAGUCUCUGCUGAAUGGUCUUCACUUAACUCCUGAAGCUGAGCUAGAUUUCUGGACAAUGAGGAGAGAGAAUCUGUCAUGCACUUAUGAUCAACUUCAAGCUCCUAUUGUCCUCAAAAUGGUUAAAAUCUUGGAAACUAAACAAAGCAGCUAUUUUCCUACUUUGAAGGACAUUUUCCUGGUUGUAGAAAAUGCGCUCCUCGAAGCCCAAGAUGUGGAACUUUUUCUGAGACCUCUGAGGAGACACAUUCAGUGUUUCCAGGAGACAGAAUUCCCACAAACCCGUGUAUUAAUCGCCCCAUUAUUCCACACCAUCUGUCUGAUCUGGAGUCAUUCCAAGUCUUAUAAUACCCCUGCUCGGAUUAUUGUUUUAUUGCAAGAGUUUUGUAAUCUCUUUAUGGACCAGGCAAUAACUUAUCUUUCACCUGAGGACCUUUUGAAGGGAGAAAUUGAAGACUCACUGGAAAAAGUGCACGUGGCAAUUAACAUCUUAAAGACUUUCAAAAAUUCUUUUUUCAACUAUCGAAAAAGAUUGGCCAACUAUUUCAGGGAAAAUAAGGAACUGAAACCAUGGGAUUUCCAGUCUCAUCUGGUGUUUUGCAGAUUUGACAUGUUUCUUGAUCGUUUAAUGAAAAUAGAGGAUAUAUUUGUCACGACCUUGGAGUUUGAAAAGCUGGAAAGACUGGAAUUUGGUGGGUCCAAGGGAGCAAUUUUAAAUGGGCAAAUCCACGAGAUGUGUGAAGAAUUCAUGGAACUCUGUAAAGUUUUUAAGCAGAGUACUUAUGACCCGUCUGACUGCAGCAACACGGAGUUUGAAAGUGAUUAUGUUGCAUUUAAGUCCAAAACUUUGGAUUUUGACAGAAGGCUCGGGACAAUUCUCUGUGAAGGUUUCUUUAACUGCAGUGGUUUAGAAGCUGCAUUUAAGCUUUUGACCUUAUUUGGGAAUUUUCUAGAGAAACCAGUUGUCAUGGAAAUAUUCAGCCCCCAUUACAGCACACUAGUGCACAUGUUUAAUGCAGAGUUGGAUAUGUGUAAGCAACUAUAUGAUGAACACAUGAAACAGAUUGAACAUGGACAUGUGGUUCUUAACAAGAACAUGCCUUUUGCCUCAGGAAACAUCAAGUGGGCCAAAGAGAUUCUAGACAGACUCCAAACAUUUUGGUCAAGCUUUGCGUCUCUCCAUUACCUAUUCUUGGACAAUCCUGAUAAUGUCAUAGUUUAUCAGAAGUAUAUUGAAAUGACCACUUUGCUAGACCAAUUUGAAAACCAUAUCUAUAAUGAAUGGAAAAAUAAUGUGGAUGAAACUUGUGAAUUCAAUUUGAAUCAACCCUUGGUUAAACUCAGUGCCAUAAAUGGCCUUCUCAGUGUCAACUUUGAUCCACAGCUAGUGGCUGUAUUGAGAGAAGUGAAAUAUCUUUUGAUGCUGAAGAAAGCGGACAUGCCAGCUUCAGCGUUAGCCCUCUUCGAAAAAAGGAACACUAUUUUAAAGUACAUUGGCGGUCUUGACCUGCUUGUGCAAGGCUAUAAUAAGCUGAAGCAGACUCUUCUGGAAGUUGAAUACCCCUUGAUUGAAGACGAGCUGAGGGCGGUUGAUGAACAUCUCACAGUGGCAGUGACGGGGCUGACGUGGCGGGAUGACUGCUGGGGCUACAUCGAGAGGGUGAGCGCGGCCACUUCUGAGCUGGGGCGCAGGGUUGAGCACGCACAGGACAAUGUGAAGGCCAUCCAGCAGACCAUGAGGGCCUGGGCCAGGUGUGUGCUUCCUCCCAGGAGAGAGCACAGGAGGGAGGCGGCCUUGACCCUGGAGAACAAGGGCGAUCUGUUCACUAAGAAAUACAAGCUGAUCCAAGAAGAUGGUCGUAAGAUUCACCACCUGGUCGAGGAAAAUAGGAUGCUCUUCAAAGCCAAUUCUUCUCUGGAUGCCUGGAAAAUUUAUGUAGAAUUCAUUGAUGACAUUGUGGUGGAAGGCUUUUUUCAGGCUAUCAUGCAUGACUUAGACUUCUUUCUAAUGAAUACAGAGAAACAAUUGAAACCUGCACCAUUUUUUCAAGCUCAAAUGCUCUUACUGCCCCCUGAGAUUGUGUUUAAGCCUUCUUUAGACAGAGAGGCUGGGGACGGCUUCUAUGAUGUGGUAGAAGAAAUGCUAUGCAAUAGUUUCAAAAUGUCUGCCCAGAUGACCCGAAUAGCAACACACCUGGAAAUAGCAAAUUAUCAGACUGAUAUGGAUAACAUGUUAGGCCUGGCAGAGGCCAGGCAGGAGAUAAUGAACAGAGUGGCGAGCGUCGUCACCAAAGCCUUGGAUUUCAGAAACUCCCUGGAGGCCUAUGCUUACCUCUGGGUGGAUGACCGAACCGAGUUUCUGAAGCAUUUUCUUUUGUAUGGCCACAUUGUGACACCUGAGGAAAUGGGUGCUCAUGCAAGUGAAGACAUCCCGGAGCAGCCACCAACUCUCAAACAAUUCAAAGAACAGAUCGACAUUUAUGAAGCUUUGUACAUCCAGAUGAGCAAGUUUGAUGACUUCAGAGUGUUUGAUAGUUGGCUCAAGGUGGACAUGAAACCUUUCAAAGUGAGCUUGUUAAACAUAAUUAAGAAAUGGAGCUGGAUGUUUCAGGAGCAUCUUUUGAGAUUUGUCAUUGACAGUCUGAAUGAGCUACAAGAAUUUAUAAAGGAGACAGAUGGAGGACUCCGGAGAGAAUUAAGUGAAAUAGAUCAUGAUGGUUUAGUUGACAUCAUGGGGCAUCUUCUGGCUGUAAGAAGCCGGCAGAGAGCCACCGAUGAACUCUUUGAACCUCUAAAGGAAACCAUCGCACUCUUGGAAAGCUAUGGUCAGAAGAUGCCUGAGCACAUCUAUAUUCAGCUGGAGGAAUUACCUGAAAGAUGGGAAACUACCAAAAAGAUCGCAGCAACCAUCAGACACGAAGUUUCACCUCUCCAAAAUGCAGAAGUCAUUCUUAUAAGGAAAAGAUGUGUUGCGUUUGAUGGGAAGCAGGCAGAGUUCAGAGAGAGAUUCAGACGCUAUGCCCCUUUCGGAUUUAAUGCAGCAAAUCCAUACACAGCACUUGAUAAGGCAAAUCAAGAGCUUGAGGCAUUAGAAGAAGAAAUGUUGCAGAUGCAAGAAUCCACUCAUCUUUUUGAAGUGGCUCUUCCAGAGGACAAACAAAUGAAGCAAUGUCGCAAAGAAAUAAAACUGCUCAAGGGACUCUGGGAUGUCAUUAUUUAUGUUCGAAGAAGCAUUGAUAAUUGGACUAAAACCCAGUGGAGACAGAUUAAUGUGGAACAGAUGGAUGUGGAACUCAGAAGGUUUGCCAAGGACAUCUGGUCACUAGACAAGGAAGUCCGUGUCUGGGAUGCUUAUGCAGGCCUGGAAGGCACAGUGAAGGACAUGGCAACCUCCCUGAGAGCUGUCACAGAGUUGCAGAGCCCUGCCCUCAGGGAUAGACAUUGGCACCAGCUGAUGGAGGCUGCGGGGGUAAAGUUUUCCAUAAAUGAAACCACAACUUUGGCCGAUUUGUUAGCACUGCAAUUACACAGAGUGGAAGAUGAUGUCCGACAGACUGUGGACAAGGCAGUGAAAGAGCUGGGGACCGAGAAGGUUAUUACUGAAAUCAGUCAGACCUGGGCCACCAUGGAGUUUUCUUAUGAAGUUCACUAUCGAACAGGCAUUCCAUUAUUGAAGUCUGAUGAGCAACUUUUUGAAACUCUAGAGCACAACCAAGUUCAGUUGCAGACUCUUCUUCAAAGCAAGCAUGUAGAAUAUUUCAUUGAGCAAAUGUUAAGUUGGCAAAAUAAGUUAAACAUAGCAGACUCGGUCAUCUUUACUUGGAUGGAAGUUCAAAGAACUUGGUCUCACCUGGAAAGCAUUUUUGUGUGUUCAGAAGAUAUUCGAGUCCAGCUUCCGAAUGAUGCUAGAAGAUUUGAUGGAGUGGAUGCCGAGUUUAAGGAGUUAAUGUUCAAGACAGCCAAAGUAAAAAAUGUUUUGGAAGCAACAUGCAGACCUAAUCUCUACGAAAAACUUAAAGAUUUACAGUACAGGCUUUCUCUCUGUGAAAAAGCUCUUGCUGAAUACCUGGAAACUAAGCGUGUGGCUUUCCCCCGCUUCUAUUUCAUCUCUUCCACUGAUUUGCUUGACAUUCUCUCAAAGGGAGCUCAGCCUAAACAGGUAACACGUCACCUCGCCAAACUUUUCGACAGCAUCACAGGUCUGCAGUUUGAAGACAAUCAGGACGUUUCUGCACACAGAGCAAUUGGAAUGUACAGCAAAGAAAAGGAGUAUGUCCCAUUCCAAGCCGAGUGUGAAUGCAUGGGCCAUGUGGAAAUGUGGCUUCUGCAACUUGAACAGACCAUGCAGGAAACAGUGCGUUGUUCUAUCACAGAGGCCAUCGUGGCCUAUGAAGAAAAACCCAGAGAACUCUGGAUUUUUGAUUUCCCAGCUCAAGUUGCACUAACCAGCUCACAGAUAUGGUGGACUACGGAUGUAGGAAUAGCCUUCAGUAGACUGGAGGAAGGCUACGAAACGGCCCUAAAGGAUUUCCAUAAAAAACAGAUUUCUCAGCUGAAUAUACUGAUUACUCUUUUGCUGGGAGAACUCGCACCUGGAGACAGGCAGAAGAUCAUGACAAUUUGUACCAUAGAUGUCCAUGCCAGAGAUGUGGUGGCAAAACUUAUUUCUCAGAAGGUUAUCAGUCCCCAAGCUUUUGCUUGGUUAUCUCAACUUCGUCACCGGUGGGAGGACACCCAGAAACACUGCUUUGUUAAUAUUUGUGAUGCCCAGUUCCAGUACUUCUAUGAAUACUUAGGAAACAGUCCUCGACUAGUGAUCACACCUCUAACUGACAGGUGUUAUAUUACUUUAACUCAAUCACUUCAUCUAACUAUGAGUGGGGCUCCUGCUGGCCCAGCCGGUACAGGGAAAACAGAAACCACCAAAGAUCUCGGCCGUGCCCUUGGCAUGAUGGUUUAUGUAUUCAACUGUUCAGAGCAAAUGGACUACAAAUCCAUAGGAAAUAUCUACAAGGGACUGGUGCAGACAGGAGCUUGGGGCUGCUUUGAUGAGUUCAACCGCAUUGCUGUGGAAGUUCUUUCCGUGGUGGCCGUGCAGGUGAAAAUGAUUCAUGAUGCCAUCCGGAACAGGAAGAGCAGAUUUGUAUUUCUUGGAGAAGCUAUCACACUGAAGCCAUCAGUUGGAAUAUUUAUUACUAUGAACCCGGGAUAUGCUGGUCGAACCGAAUUACCGGAAAAUCUCAAAGCUCUUUUCAGACCCUGUGCCAUGGUGGCCCCUGACAUUGAGCUUAUCUGUGAAAUCAUGUUAGUUGCUGAAGGUUUUGUGGAUGCGCGCGCAUUAGCCCGAAAAUUCAUUACGUUGUACAUGCUGUGCAGGGAGCUCCUCUCCAAGCAGGAUCAUUAUGACUGGGGACUUCGUGCUAUUAAAUCUGUCUUGGUUGUAGCUGGCUCCCUGAAACGAGGAGAUAAAAACAGUCCUGAGGAUCAGGUACUCAUGAGAGCAUUAAGGGAUUUCAAUAUGCCUAAAAUAGUAAGUGAUGACAUCCCAGUGUUUCUGGGCCUAGUCAGUGACCUGUUUCCAGCCCUGGAAGUGCCCCGGAGGAGGAAGCUGCACUUUGAACAGAUGGUCAGGCAGUCUACCCUGGAGCUCUGCCUGCAGCCUGAGGAGAGCUUCAUCCUCAAAGUUGUCCAACUUGAGGAACUGUUAGCCGUGCGACACUCCGUCUUUGUGGUUGGAAAUGCAGGCACAGGAAAGAGUAAGAUUUUGAGAACACUGAACCGAACAUAUGUUAACAUGAAACAGAAGCCUGUUUGGAAUGACUUAAACCCUAAAGCUCUGACAACUGAUGAACUCUUUGGUUUCAUACAUCAUGCUACCCGAGAAUGGAAAGAUGGCAAAAUUGCUUACUCUUAAUUUAUAGGUCUCUUCUCUUCCAUUCUGCGAGAACAAGCAAAUCUUACGCAUGAUGGACCGAAAUGGAUAGUCCUGGAUGGAGAUAUUGACCCCAUGUGGAUUGAAUCAUUAAAUACUGUCAUGGAUGAUAACAAGGUGCUGACCCUGGCCAGCAACGAGCGUGUAGCCCUGACACCCUUCAUGAGGCUACUGUUUGAAAUACAUCACCUGAGGACAGCUACCCCAGCCACUGUUUCCAGAGCUGGUAUUCUUUAUGUGAAUCCCCAAGAUCUGGGCUGGAAUCCGUAUGUGACCAGUUGGAUAGACAGAAGGCAGCAUCAAUCAGAAAAGGCCAAUUUAACUAUUCUUUUUGAUAAGUAUGUUCCCGCUUGUUUGGAGAAGAUGAGGACAAGCUUUAAAACAAUCACGGCAAUUCCAGAGAGUAGCCUGGUUCAGACUAUUUGUGCUCUCUUGGAGUGUUUGUUGACCCCUGAAAAUGUGCCCUCUGACAGCCCCAAAGAAGUGUAUGAAGUCUACUUUGUCUUUGCUUGCGUCUGGGCGUUUGGAGGCCCUCUGCUACAGGAUCAGCUUUCUGAUUAUCAAGCUGACUUCAGUCGGUGGUGGCAUAAGGAGAUGAAAGCUGUGAAGUUUCCAUCCCAAGGAACAGUCUUUGAUUAUUAUGUGGACCACAAGACUAAGAAAUUCUUCCCCUGGACUGACAAAAUCCUCCAAUUUACUAUGAAUCCGGAUGUGCCUCUGCAG